AUGGCGGCGACGACGAAGCUGGUUCUCCAGCCCCAUCUGCGAGAACGCCUCGAGGCUGUCUCGCCACUGCUCGAAGAGGGGCUGCGGAAGGAAGUCGAGGCUGUGCUCGCUCAGCCUGAAGUGGAGGCCAGCCGCGCAAGCGCAGGCAGCCUCGUGGAGGAAGGAUCAGCAGCGAUCGCCCCAGCGAACGAGAAAGAGUCACAUUCCAGCGUGACAGAAGUGAACGAAGCGCGAACAGUAGACGACUCAGCGACAUCGCCUGGCGAGACAGAGAAGGCGGAGAAGACGGAGAACGCGACGGAGGCUGGAGCCGCGGACGAGAUGGUCGAGGAAGAGCCGGAAAUUAUCCCACCAACAGUCGACGUCGACCUGCUCGACCGACUAUCGCGCUGGACGUCUGGCCGAGAAGCCUCCCUCCGAAAGGCUGGUCUUGCGUACGUCGCCGCAACCACCGGCGCUGGGUGGAGUAGGGAGAGCGCCGUGCUCCUCGCCGUUGCCGUUGGCGCGAUUGUCGGCGUGGCCGAUGCGGGUAUCGUGUUCCUGUACAAGCGAAGGGUGAAGGAGGACGGUGUGCGGAGCGCAAAGCUCAGGGCAAAGUACAGCCGGGGAACGGGGGCUACGGGUGUACUCCUCGAGCGAGACGGGGAGGGCGAGAUCACGAAGGAAAUCGAGGUCGUUGCGGGUGAGGCGACGAUGAUUCCAGCGCCGAAACGGGAAGUCAGGCUCCGGAGGAGAGCAGUCGGCGAGAAGGCGUAG